AUGUUUUUCCGGCGUGCAUUUGCGAAGGGCACCAGUGGUCAUUCAUCGAACGGUGCCAGCAGUUCUUCGGGAAGUGGUGGUGGUGGUGGUGGCGAAACCGGAGCCGCAAGGAUGUCGUCGAGUGUUCCGACGGAAUCACCGGCCCGCUAUCGGCGGGCACUGAACGUCGAGAAUAACCAUCGGGUGCUGUCGGUGUUGCAGCUGACUCCGCUCUGGGAGUACAUUAUACGCAACAAUGAGCUACCGGUGGGGUUGAACAUGAACGAGCUGUUUCGCGAGUUCCUGGAGCGGUUGCAUGAUCCCGAGUUUCAGGUCCGCCAGCACGCACUGCGCGUGCUGAUCGACGUGAUCAUUGUGCUGCGUGACGAAACGGACGUUUACUUUGCCCCGUUGCUGCCACCGAUCAUUGACAAUCUUGGCCAUCCUUCACCGGCCGUUCGGAAGGGUGCACUGGACGUGCUGAAGGUGUACAUCGCGCAAACCAAGCUACCGGAAACGGUGAUGCUCGAGAUCAUGAACUAUGGGAUGGAUCGCAAUCCGAAGGAUCCGCUCAGCAGUCGGUACAUCGUGGGUGUGAUGCUUGCGCUGCCCUCCCUCAUACAGCCCGCCAUUCUGACGGCCAAACGGACCUUCAUCUUGCGUGCGGUCAUCAAUGCGCUCGGCAGCAAAAUGGUACAAAUCACCUACCAGGAGAUAGCGUUGAAGAUUCUGCUGAAAAUCAAGAACACGAUCGGUUCGCGUGAGUUCUACGAGUGCAUUUCCGUGGCGUACCGGCGUGAUUUCGAUCUACUGUGCAACGUGUACGGGUUGCCCAAUCCUCCCAAGAGCCCACGGCGCGAUGUGACGUCGAUGACGCCGGUAGCGACCCCGUCAGCGGCUGAUGGUUCGAUUGUGAAAACGUGGAAACCCCACCUACCACCGGGUGUCGUUUCUCAGCCCCCGCAACAACCGCUCUCCCCGAAGGCACAACGCUGGAAAUCGGGUAGCCAAGGGGAUCUAUCACGCACAACGAUGUACGAACCGGCGGCUGUCGCCCUUACCGGACGUCCCGGGUUGACCCACGAUUAUGCCCUCACCAAAACGCCCACCGGGGCACCGAUGCUGAGGCGCGUUAGCCUCGAGAAAAUCGACGACUCAAAGGUUAUCCUCGAGACGGAGAUCAAGAUCAACAAGGAAUCGGUUACGAUGCGCAUCCUGGAGGCGCAGGAGGGGAACACCGAUCAAAACGGGAACUCCAACUCGUACAGCGAGGAAAGCGAUGAGGAUAAUGCCAACAAGCGGUUCGGUGUGGUGCGUGUACUGACCGACAGUGAGCUGGAGGAUAGUGUAACGGUGAAAUCGAUCGGUGGUACAUCGUCCACCUCCUACCACGAACCGCCGAUGCUCGGUGAUGAUGAUCCCGAUGAUCUGCCGCUCUCGUCCGACAUGGACUACGUACGGCGGACACCGCGACGUGUACGAUUUGGGGGGGAAAUUGUGAAAAUGCGUACCCCGGACAGUGACACCUUCGAUCAGAGUGAUCAGGACGCUCUCGGUGGUUCGCAGACAUCCAACUCGAGCAUGAUUACCUCACUGACCACGACGACAACGUCGGGGACGCCGGGAACGAACCACACGAUGCACGGUAGCAUGGCAACGCAACCAUCCUCGACCACACCGAGCUCGAUGCCAUCGUUGCGUUCCUCGCUGAAAUCCGCAUCAUCGAUCAGUGAGCGAACCGCAAGUGCGACCUCGAGGGCGGCCAUGAUGCGUCGACAGUACUCGCAAUCCGCUGACACGGAACGAUCGUAUCACUCCUCGCACGGUACCGGCAUGUUCCUCAGCUCAUCCGAGUACAGUAACACCGGGAAGGACCGGACGCACCUGGAAAUGGAGAAUGAUACAUCCUUUGUCAGCUCACUGCUGGAAGAUGGACAUGAUGUGUCCGAUAGGGAGGAUAGCAAUGAGCGGUUACCGAGUGACACUACGCCAGCCACGGAACCACCAUCGACAUCGAGCCGUCCAAAGUCAUCGCACACGGUGAGGUCAGCUAAACCACAGAACGCAGCCAGGACACCUUCAACACCACCACCACCUGCAGCACCACAAGCACCGGUGGCGGUUUCGGUUAAGACGGAGCAACCGGAAGUAACAGUGAAGCAACCGCAACACCCCGAAACACCCGACAAUCAUAGCCAGCCGGUGGUACCAGUGCCGGCGGAACCAGUACCGGAACCGCUGCCGAAUGCCAGCUCGCUUUUGGCCGAUAAGAUCGAAGAAGUGAAGCAAGCGAUCCAGGGCAUCGAGAACAAGAUUAACAAUGUCGUGCUGAAGAAGGCCGAGUCCGUGGACAUGGUGCCGGGUGGCCGGUCGGCCGCACAAACGGCACACAAACUGGAGCCAACGCUUUCGCUCGAGGUACUCCUGAAGACGACCAACGCGGACACGGCCGACAACUUGGAGCAGAGCCCGUUGCAGGAAGAGCAAAACCAAAAGGACUACACCAAGGAGCUGAACAUUGAGAUACCGAGGGAGGAGAAGCUUCAGAAUGCGCCCCCGUCACUGGGCAAAUCGCCAAGUAAGUCACCGAGAAAGUCUCCCAGCAAAUCGCCGGCCAAGGUCAAGUCAACGAAACCCGUACGAUCAGGCAUUCCCCGGCUCAACACUAUGCCAUCGCCCAAGACGAUGCGAAAGGCUGCACAGAGUGGGGCGAGCAGGGGAGGUGACACUAAGAACCAGCUUACACCUCACGCUCAUGAGAGCACGCUGUCCAGCGAGGAGCGGGGCCGUUCACGGUUACGUAGCCGUUCCGCGACGUCCAUUAACCUGAAGCCACGUAGUGUCUACGUGAGCCCUUCGUCCCUGAGUCCCGCACCGCAUAGUGGCAUCGAGAUCAUGCACAAUCUCCUGAGAAGCCCCUCUACGUCGCCACACAGAAGUCGACGGAAAACCGGCGGAUCGGCCAACAGUAACAAGUCCGGUGACAGGAUUAGCCGGACUGCAUCAGCAGGGAGUGAUACGAACAAUAACCAGCUAAUGAGCACGGACACCGGUGGUGGUGAUGGGCGUAGUGAUAAGUGUAUCAGCGUCAACGAGGAUGACAUCUAUGAUGUGUUCGGGAAAACGAUUGCAACGCAGACAUCGGUUGAUGAAAUUUCGGAUCCGUUUCUGCCCUUCAGUCGAACCCCUUCCUGGGUAACGGUUACGAACGAGGAACGUCAACGGUACUCCAACGGUACACACAAUGGCAACAUCAUCCUGGAGAUUUCGGCGCGAUCCGCUUCACCCAAACCGCAAGCAGCCGAUUCGCAGUCGAAGAUCAUCACCUCCUGGGAGGACUUGGGCAUCGUUGACCGGCUCACGCUGUUCCAGUUAAAAAGUGGCGAUUGGCGACAACGAUCACAAGGUUUCAAUAGCAUCGAGGAAGCCCUUAAAUCUUCCGACAACUUAGCGAAAGUGCAACCGUACCUCGAAUCCCUGCUGCGGACGCUGUUAUCGUCGGAACGGAAUCCUGAUGUCAUCGAUGAUAAGGUGCGGAUGCUAGUAAACCUGGUGUCCCGUUUACCGCUGGAGAACCUGGAAGACCGCGUUGGGCAAAUCAUGACCGGCCUAUGCCGACAGGGAGGUGCCGGUAGCAAUACCGUAGCGAAGGCACUGAUGCAACGCCUUCCUACCGCGGCCAUCGUACAGCGGCUCCUAUCGGAUGAGUUCCUGCAUGCCAAAAGCUCGAAGUUUCGCGAGAAUGUCCUGCAAACGGUCCUGUUUGCCUUAAUGACGUUUCCCAGCAGUUACUUUGACAUCAAAACCCUCAUUUCACGGGCAACGGAAGCUGCCCUGGAUAGCAAAAAGCGUUGCCGCCAUGCUGCACUGGACGUUUUGGCUGUGCUGGGACAAAUUAGUUCGCCUAAAUUGGUUCUAGACGUGGUCUGUUCCGCUGUCGGUAUUCGCCCUGAGGGUAAUCAUCUAAUCACGGCCGUCAAGGCAAGACUGGCCCGAAAGCAGCUUCCCUUUGUCGGUCCGGACGGGAGCGUCGAGUAUGCGGUCAAGGUUCCGUCCAAUCGAGCCAACGCAGUUAUCAUGUUCGGUGCCGACGUCGACUGGAUCGAGGCCGGCAGUGGAUCGGCUUCUCCAACAUUCCAUCGGCCCAGUGCCUCCGGUAGAAGCAAAUAUCCUAGCUUUCAGAUCGAAAACAAACCGUUAGACCAGUGAUGGUUUUAAUUGAUUUUUCUCAGGAAACCCAGCUUCAAAAUAUUUGAUGACGUUAAACAGCCGAUUGAAUCGUCUAAAGUUACAACCUCUGGAUGGACUUCCAAAAUACCGACCUCUUACUCGAAUAAUUACCUACCAACAAGCCAAGCCAAUGCUUCCCGAUCUUCUCUGUAUGGCAAUGGACAAGCUGCUCGCUCCGACAUGAUUCCAUCCAGCAUACCACAGAUGGUGAAUGGAAAAUACUCCCGAUACACUUCAAAGCUUCCUGAAAUGGAUCAAAGGUUCAUUUCUAAGACCAUGCUGAACAAAAACAUCAACCCGUAUGAGAUGAGAACACCGCGCGCCAAGCUGUACUCACGCAAUAGCGAUGGUUUCAUGAGCGAUACAAUCGCUAGUGCCAAUAAGCAAGUGCAUACGGAUGUACGACCCUCAACUGAUCCCAUUGUCGAGCAUGAUGGUUUACGGCAAUUGAAGGGUGGAAUGCGGUGCUACAAUCCUAACCAACUAUCAAGCAGCAGCAGCAGUACCGGGCAUUCCCAGUCCGAGGUGUCGGAUGAUAGGCAGAGUCUGUUCCGCAACCUUUCCCGAACUCAUCCCGACCUUGUGCAACUGUGCCAGUGGUGUAUCCGGUGGCGAAAGAGCAUGACAACGGAUGGGCAUGACCGCACGGAACCGGUAAAGUGCAGCGAGCUGACGGAAAUAACCAACGUGGUACCGUUUCCCUCCAAUACCGUGUUCGAGACACCUUUAAAGCAGUUUACCGCGCUUGACUGUGAUACGCAGGAGGAGGCAGUACCCUGUCCUGACAGCGAGGACUCCCAGAAAUCUGCGAACGGUCGCAGCACUUCAACGGUGGCCAGCGACGUUUUACUUGUUGUCGAUUACGGCACUGAAGUCAAACAACCAUCGAUGGCGCAUGUGCAGAAGCAGGAUGGAAUGAUGAUGGAUCAACGCUCCAACGGUAGCAGCUAUUCGCCCAGCAAAUCCUACAAUCACAGCGGCAACGGAAGUGCGAAUGCUGCUGGUGGUGGCGGUGGUGGUACCCCGCACCGAUCGCGUUUCCUUGAGGAUGGGCAACACCAACAGAUGCCCGGCGGUAUCAAUCAAGAGAGCUACAUCAUCCACCGCGACGAGCAGUACGAUAGCGAGCAGGACGAGAACUCCAGCAACGAUUCGACCUCCACGAGGAUUAUAUCGAACAGCGUUUUUAAUUUCAGCGCCGCACGCGAUAGGGAUCAGCAGCAACAGCAGCAGCAGCUCGCCAUCGCUUCUGCUGGUCAGUCCAGUCGUCCACCCUCAUCGCGGUCUGCCCUCUCGAGGCCACAAUCCGUCGCAAGCACACACAAGUCCUUGAGUUCCGGCACCCUUAACCGGCAGCAGCCGAAUGGGGAAGGGGGAAGACAUUCUCGUACCAGCAUUCGCUCUUACAGCAGCACCUCCAUCAUGAAGCAACGAUCGGAGGAUAACGUUUCGGUCCAUUCCCAUCGAUCCGGUACGUUUCACACGGAGAUUGAUGGUAUCAGCUCGAAUCAAGUUCAGUAUGAGUCUGAUUACGACGAGGAGGAUGUCACGCGAUCGAGGGUCGAAGAUAACAGCAACGAAGCGGCAGGCUCAAGGGGUGCAUCCCCGGCAAGACGCACCGGAACACCAAAGCGCUAUCCAACGCCCAGUCCGACGCCACUGCGCGGUUCUUAUGAUGAUGAACGGCAUGACGAUCAGGCAGAAGAAGGAUACGAAGAAGAGGAGGAUGAAGAGGAAGAGGACCCAAUGGAGAUGGCAAGGAUUCGGCCAAAGAGCCGUGUACAAUCAGCUAGCGAGGGGAAUCUGUUGGCACACAGUAUGGAGCUCGAGCACGAAAUGAUGCCACCACCGGCCGUCGUCGUCGCUCCGGAAAAGAAAAUCAUCCGUCGGCCGUUCCUGGAGCGACGUACCAGUAAGGUGGCGCCGGUCAAGGAAGUCGUAUCAGGAGUGAGGGCGAAAAGUAAAAUGAAUGAAGUAAUGUUCCAGAAGACGCUCCGCAAGUUCGACAAACCGAAGGAUGCGCUCAACAACUGUUUAACGCAUCUGGAGAGUCCUAACUGGGAGCAAAACAUUAGUGGGCUACAGUUUUUCGUUCGGCUUAUUCGGCACCACCCGGAAGUGAUCGAUCAGCAGAUCCACCUGCUGUCCGUGGCAUUGUCCAAGCAGGUGCGCAAUCUGCGCUCGCAGGUGGCACGCACGGCGUGCCAGGCAUCGGCCGAGUUCUUCUCCACCCAUCGGCGGUGCAUUGAAGGGGAGGCAGAGGAUAUCGCAACCCACUUGCUGCACCGGACGGCGGACACCAACAAAUUCCUGCGGGCCGAUGCAACGCAUGCGCUAGAAUCGAUGUGCGACAAUUUAUCGACGACCAAAGUGGUGCACAUCAUUUCGUUCAAGGGAGCCACGCAUCAAAACGCGGUCGUCCGGACGACGGCGGCCAAGCUGCUAGACAAGAUCGUGCGGCAAGUGGGCAGCGAAAAGGUGUUCACUCUACCGAAGGAGACGCGCGAUAAAUUGAUCCUCACGGGAGCGAAUCUUCUGCUCGAAGGUUCGCUUGAGACGCGAAACUACACUAAAAGUAUGUUCAAGCAAUUGUCCGACCAUCCUCACUACAACAAAGUAUUAUUGGAGGUGAUACCGCCGCGAACGUAUAGGAAUAUAGAGAAAUCCCUGAAUAGCAUACGGCAGAUGUCCUAA